UCUUUUUAGUCAUUCUUCACGUGUGUCCUCUCCUUUAAAUUUUAGCUCUGAGAUUAAGAAGACAGCAGCAAACAAAAGCAAAGCUGCAAAUUCCACGAAGUAUUCAGAAUAAUGGAGGCUUCAAGGCUUGGAUUGAGACAAGACCACAUCAAUAAAGCCUGCUUAUUGGCGAUGAAAGCUCAUAAGUCGCCGGAGAAGCCUUAUCUACUAGACAAGUCAAGUAAAACCGAUGUGAUAUUUAGCUUCGCGGGAACUUGGUCGGUAGAGGAUUGGUUCACUACAAACCCAUUCGGAGAAAAGAAGAUCGAUCGCGAUCAAUUUCCAUCGCUCAGAAGUAUAGGAAUUGAUGAAGUUGCAACAGUGAACGAAGCUUUCCUCAAUAGAUUCCUAACAAUUUUGCCGCAUAUACUGAAGGAGGUGGGAAAAGCUGUGACAGAAAAUAAGCAAAUAGUGUUUACAGGGCAUUCCUCAGGUGGAGCUAUUGCCAUUCUAAUGACAGUAUGGUUCCUUCAACAGCAAUACAAACCUGAUCCAACAAUAAACCUUCAGCACCCAUACAUACAACCUGAUCCAAGAAUGCCACCGUUAUGUAUAACGUUUGGCUCUCCCCUUGUUGGCGAUAAAGUAUUCAGUCAUGCUCUGGGGCGAGAAAAUUGGUCAGAGUACUUCUUCCACUUCGUUUCAAGAUACGAUAUUGUGCCUCGAGUUCUUUUCGCUCCUCUCUCUUCCAUCAAGGGAUACUUACACGAUAUCCUGCAUUACCUGAAUCCCAAAUCCACACUUACCGUGCAAGAGCCAGUUGCACAAGCAUCAAAUCUCUUCGUACAUGUAAUGAGGAGCGCUUCAUCUCUAACCAGUCAUGUCGCUUGUCAACUGAUGGGAAACACAAAUAAGUUAUCCGAAACUUGGUCAAGAUUUAUUGAGCUAAGCCCGUAUAGGCCAUUUGGAAACUAUGUUUUCUAUGCACAAAAUGGAACGGAAGUGGUGCUAGCGAAAAACCCUGACGCUAUUCUGCAGGUGUUAUUCUACUCUUCUCAAUUACUCUCCAUGGAAGAAGGUCCACAGAUUGCUCUAAGAAGUGUAGAGGAACACCUGAAAUAUCAACACGAAUUGCAGAGCUUCGAUAGGAAAUUUGUGAUCCAUUUAGACUCUUUGGAUGGGCUUCCAUUGUCUUCAAAUGGAGGUGCAAGAAUCGACAUUGUAUUGAAUAUCCUCGGUUUGAGCCCGAGAGCCAGACUGUGCCUUUGCGCUGCCAAAGAGUUUGAGAAGCAGAAAUUGAGAAACCAAGAAAGGAUUGAUCGUAAAAUGGCAGAUAUCAAAAGAGGAAUAGAAAUGUUGGAAAGGUACAAAACAAAGUGUGAGGCUCGCAAAGAGAGCUACUAUGAUGCCUUCAAGAAAUCAAGAGACCAUGAUGAUUUUGACGCAAAUGUGAAGAGGCUCGAAUUGGCUGGAAUCCUAGACGAAGUCAUGGAAAUGAUAAAAAGAUAUGAACUUCCUGAUGGGUUUGAAGGUCGUAAGGAGUGGUUAGAAAUUGGAACAAGGUACCGCCGCAUUGUUGAACCUCUAGAUAUCGCCAACUACUACAGGCACCUAAAGAAUGAAGAUACGGGAUCUUAUAUGAUAAAGGGCAGACCAAAACGAUACAAAUUCACCCAGAAUUGGCUUGAGUAUGCCCAAAAGAUGGAAAAAGAAUCCAGCUGGGAAUCCUGUUUCUGGGCAGAGGUAGAAGAGCUGCAGAUAUUAAUUAGAACUAGUAACAAUCCCGGAGUGUCUGAAGGUGUUAUGAAUAGGAUUUUGUGCCUUGUUGAAAAGGUAGAGAAGUGGGUUGAACGGCAAGAGCUAGGUGCUGAUGUGUUCUUCGACGGUUCCACUUUCAUCAAAUGGUGGAACAUGCUCCCCGAGCAACUUAGAUCAGAUUCUCGCAUUUCAAGACUCAUAAACAAGUAAGAAAAAAAUUUGUCCAUCGUCAUCUUUUUCAAGAAUUGUUGCAUAUAAUUGUUUGUUCUAGUUUUAUGUAUCUGCUAUUCAUGGGUUAUCAAAAACAGAGCUUCAACUUCUUUGCAAAA